GUCUCAAAGUAUCUUUUUAAACGUGCCCGGCAAAUUGUAGUGAUGCUGGUCCUUGUGGUCACAGUACCAACAGCAAUAAUGGUGCUGGAAUUGGUGGAAGCAGUGGGCAGAUUUUUUUCUGUUCACACUAUUUCAUAGCUGUUUGUGAUACUUUUCUACUUUCGGAUCCUAUAAAUUUGUUUACACCAAGUUUGGAGUUGCAGAGGCUCCACUAAUACUGCUUCCAUGGAGAAACCAAACCUCCAUCACUUCUCAUCCUUACUUCUGGUUUUUCUGUUUACAUUGUCGCUUGGGACUCGGACAACGGCGGGCCGGAAAUUCUCGAUCAGGGAAGCCACCAUUGACGAUCUCCAACUCGCUUUCAAGCACAACCUACUCACCUCAAGGCAACUUGUCCAGUUCUACCUUGGAGAAAUCAAAAGACUCAACCCUUUCCUUAGGGCGGUCAUAGAAGUGAACCCGGACGCGCUUUACUUGGCUGACAAGGCGGAUUAUGAACGCAAGACUAAGGCGCCGUCCGCGUCACACUCUAAGUUACAUGGGAUUCCUAUUCUGGUCAAGGACAACAUUGCUACCAAGGACAAGUUGAACACCACAGCUGGCUCGUAUGCUCUGCUUGGCUCGGUUGUUCCUCGUGAUGCGGGUGUUGUCACCAAGCUGAGGAAUGCCGGGGCUAUUAUACUGGGAAAGGCCAGCCUGAGUGAGUGGUCCCAUUGGAGGUCCAACGGUGCACCUUCCGGUUGGAGUGCCAGAGGUGGCCAAGGGGUGAACCCUUACAAUUCUCUUGCAACACCUUGCGGCUCAAGUAGCGGUUCAGCAAUAUCAGCGGCAGCAAAUCUGGCAACAGUGACACUCGGGACUGAAACAGAUGGAUCAAUUUUAUGUCCAUCCAGUUAUAACUCAGUCGUGGGCAUCAAACCAACAAACGGUCUUACUAGUCGAGCAGGGGUAGUCCCAAUCUCCCUAAGACAGGACACAGUUGGGCCAAUUUGUAGGACAGUAUCAGAUGCUGCUUAUGUUCUUGAUGUCAUUGCAGGCAUCGACCAGAACGAUGUUGCAACGACUAAGGCAUCGAGGUACAUUCCCAAGGGUGGCUACGCACAGUUCCUCAGGCGUGAUGGGCUUAGAGGAAAGCGAAUAGGGAUAGUGAGAGCCUUAUUUAACAUCUCCGGCCAAACUUCGUCGACUCCAAUUUAUGAAAAACACUUCAACACGCUGAGGAAAGGUGGUGCUGUUUUGGUGGACAAUUUGAAAAUACCACAUUUUGAUGAAAUCUAUUCCGAUGGAAGUAGUGAAACUACUGCACUGUCAGCUGAGUUCAAAAUAUAUAUAAACACAUACCUUAAGGAGUUGGUGGCUUCGCCAGUCCGAUCCUUGGCGGAUUUGAUAGCCUUUAACAAUAAAAACGCUAAAUUGGAGAAGGUGAAGGAGUAUGGCCAAGGCCUAUUUUUAGAAGCUGAAGCAACAAAUGGAAUAGGAAGUGCAGAGAAGGCAGCAUUGUUAAAUUUGGCAAGAUUUGCGAAGGAUGACUACGUGAAUUUAGUGACGAAGAACAAGCUAGAUGCCGUGGUGGCUCCUCUUGCACAAGUGUCGCCGUUGCUAGCGAUUAGCGGCUCCCCGGGUGUGGUUGUCCCAGCAGGAUAUGAUGAUGGGGUACCAGUUGGCCUUUCCUUUGGGGGGCUGAGGGGUUGGGAGCCAAAGCUAAUUGAAAUGGCAUAUGGCUUUGAGCAAGCAACUAAGAUUAGGAAGCCUCCUUCACUUACAAAGUUGAAGUUUUAGAGCUACACUAAGUUGUAAUGCCCGUGCGCUGUUGCAUAAUUAGAAAUCAACUUUCCAGCAGUAAAUAAAUUUGAGCUACUAAAUGUAUGUUAGUAUAACAUUGAUAAAUCUAAAUAAAAAUAUCUCAAGAGAGGAAUAAUUUUAUUUGCUGCAGAAAAA